UUUCACUCCGAGCGCUGCUGACUCGACUCUCCCUCUCUGUCGCCCCCUUAAACCGGCUGCUUUAAUUCAGCAAACCGGGGAGGAAAAAAGGCCAGGAGAAAGUUUUAGCCGUUUAAAAACCAGGGGGUGACCUUAACGACGGACUAACGGAACCAACUGCGCCUCGUCUUCGUGAAUAUUUGUGCUAAAGAAUUCAAAAAAGAAGUAAACAAAACUGCCGACAUGGACCCAUCCACAGACGCUGUGCUGGAUUCGUGGGAGCAGCAGGAGGAGGACGGCGAGGCCCCGGCCCCGGAAAACAGAAUUUCGGACGCUUUCACCGGCCUCAACGUCAACGCCAAGCCCUUCAUCCCCAACGUGAACGCGGCCGAGUUCGUCCCGGGCUUCCUCCAGAAGACACCCGCCGAAACCGCCGCAUCUCCCGCCUCUGAGAAAGAUGGCAGUAUAGAGGUCUCAGAACCUGUCGCAGCUCCUCCGGUGGAGAACGGAGACGCGGAGAUGGCGGCGGAGGACAGCUGGGAGCAGAAAGGCUGCGAAGCAGAGCCGGGAGGCGGUGGGCCGGCCGAGGAAGACUCCCUGCAGGAGGAAGUAUUGGAGGAGGAUGAAGAAGUGCCAACACCUAAAGUAACCCCCGCCCAGCCCAACGCCCCCAAGAAGGAGCACGUCAACGUGGUGUUCAUCGGCCACGUCGAUGCUGGCAAGUCGACCAUUGGAGGACAGAUCAUGUAUCUGACGGGCAUGGUGGACAAACGGACUCUGGAGAAGUACGAGAGGGAGGCCAAGGAGAAGAACAGAGAAACUUGGUACCUCUCAUGGGCCCUUGAUACGAACCAGGAGGAGAGAGAUAAGGGUAAAACGGUGGAGGUGGGCCGCGCGUACUUCGAGACGGAGAAGAAACAUUUCACCAUCUUGGACGCUCCAGGCCACAAAAGCUUCGUCCCCAACAUGAUCGGCGGGGCGUCGCAAGCCGACUUGGCCGUGCUGGUGAUUUCGGCGCGGAAAGGCGAGUUUGAGACGGGAUUUGAGAAAGGAGGCCAGACGCGAGAGCACGCCAUGCUGGCUAAAACCGCGGGGGUCAAACACCUGAUCGUUCUGGUGAACAAAAUGGACGACCCCACUGUGAACUGGAGUUUGGAGAGAUAUGAGGAAUGUAAGGAGAAACUGGUGCCAUUUUUGAAGAAGGUCGGGUUCAACCCCAGAAAAGACAUUCAUUUCAUGCCGUGCUCGGGACUGACCGGGGCCAACCUGAAGGAGCCAGCUGAACACUGCACCUGGUACACAGGGUUACCAUUCAUUCCACAUCUGGACAGUUUGCCAAAUUUCAACAGAUCCAGCGACGGCCCAGUGAGGUUACCGAUCGUAGACAAAUACAAGGACAUGGGCACUGUGGUUUUGGGGAAGUUGGAGUCGGGGUCCAUCAGUAAAGCCCAGCAGCUCGUAAUGAUGCCCAACAGGCACACUGUGGAGGUUCUGAGCCUGCUCUCUGAUGACGUGGAGACGGACGAUGCCGGUCCUGGAGAGAACCUGAAGCUUCGCCUGAAAGGCAUCGAGGAAGAGGAGAUCCUGCCGGGCUUCAUCCUCUGCACCGCCGAAAGCCUCUGCCACUCCGGACGCACCUUCGACGCCCAGAUAGUCAUCAUUGAACACAAAUCCAUCAUCUGUCCAGGUUACAACGCCGUUCUGCACAUUCAUACCUGCAUCGAGGAAGUUCAAAUCACGGCCUUAAUCUGUCUGGUAGACAAGAAGACGGGCGAGAAGAGUAAGACGCGACCUCGCUUCGUCAAACAGGACCAGGUGUGCAUCGCCCGCCUCAGAACCGCCGGGACCAUCUGCCUUGAAACCUUCAAAGAUUUCCCCCAGAUGGGUCGUUUCACCCUGAGGGACGAAGGGAAGACCAUUGCCAUCGGGAAAGUGUUGAAGCUGGUUCCGGAGAAGGACUGAACGCACUGCAUGGUUGUUGUGGAACAGCUGAAGGAGGCGGAGAGGUGGGUGUUGCCGUAGCAACACGAUUCGCACAGCCUUCCUGCCUCCAGAAGACCAGCGUUUAAAACAAACAAAAAAAAAACACACAAAAAAACAAAACAAAAAAAC